AUGGAUUUGCAAACGCUUAAACGGAUAUUUGAUGAAAAUAAAAGCAAACAUAAUAUAGACUACGAAAUUAAGGAUGAGCAACUGAUGAUAACACAUUCCAUAGCCAAAGGCAGAAACUGCUUGGGAUUUCUACCUACUGGAUUUGGAAAAACAUUGUGUUUUGUGAUAAAUGCAAUAACCACCACUUCUGAUCCGCUGCCUUUGAUAAUUUCACCACUCCUGUCGCUAAUGGAAAAUCAGAUUGUUGCACUAAAAGAGUGGACUUUCACGUGUGCCAGGAUUUCGGCUGAUGCUACCACUGAGGAUCGAACACGUAUUUCAAACGGAGAGUUUGAUUUUGUCUUCUCCUCUCCAGAAUCUAUCCUAAGACCUGUGUGGAGAAAAAUGUUCCUAACAGAUACAUGGCAGCGUCGCAUGUCGUGCAUCACUUUUGAUGAAGCCCACUGUCUCUCGGAGUGGGAAGAGGACUUUAGACCCGAAUACAGGGAAAUGGCUCAGCUGAGGAGUUUCUUCAAAGUUCCUGUAAUGGCAGUUACUGCUACAAGUACAACCAAAGUAGAAGAAGACAUAUGUCAAUUUUACAACUGA